UUCCACAAAACCCUUUUACAAUCUCUCUCAACAGUCGCGCUUCUUCACGAUCCACCACUCGCUACCUACCAAAACCCUAAAAUAUACACAAUCUCCAUAGGAGAGAGAGUGUGUGUAUAUACAUGUGUGUCACUUUGUGUAUCUGAGAGAGUUGAUUAAAGGAGAAGAAGCUUAGAGGGAAAGAGCAAACUUCUCUCUCUUUCUCUCUCUCCUAUUUUAUUGCUCCAGUUUGUGACUUGAGAUCGAUCGGCGAUGACGGCGGCAGUGGCAGUGGCGGUGGCGGCGGCUCAACCACCUGUGUCUGCUCAAGUUGUGGGAAAUGCAUUUGUGCAGCAGUAUUAUCAUAUACUGCACCAUUCACCAGGGCUGGUAUUUAGGUUUUAUCAGGAUAUAAGCAAGCUUGGUCGCCCUGAAGAUGAUGGCUCCAUGAGCAUUACGUCCACAAUGCAAGCCAUCAAUGAUAAGAUACUGUCACUUAACUAUGCGGACUUCAGAGCAGAGAUUAAGUCUGUGGAUUCCCAAGAGUCCUUCAAUGGGGGAGUGCACGUCCUUGUUACUGGAUAUUUGACUGGGAAAGACAACUUGAUCAGAAAUUUCUCUCAAACUUUCUUCCUGGCUCCACAAGACCGAGGGUACUUUGUUUUGAAUGAUAUGUUUCGAUAUGUGGAGAUUGCCAAACAACAAGAUGCUGUACAAGUUCCAGAAACUGAUGUGUUGGCUCCUGUUACUCCAGAGCAAAUUGUUGCAGAUCCCCCUCCAGCUCAGGAGAAUCACAUUUCUGAGCAGAGCACACCAUCUGCUGAGGAAGCUAAUGGGGGAGAAGUUUACAAUCCUCCUGAGGAUGAUAGUGUGCCUGUUGUGGUAGAGGAAGUGCCAGUGGCUAAGGUUGUUGAUGAAGUGCAAGGUGACUCGAAAAUGGUAGCUGAAACUAACAUCAUAAUUGAAGAAGUCCCAAAGAAGUCUUAUGCUUCAAUUGUCAUGCAUCUAAAGGAAAGUGCUGCAACUUUCUCCCCUCCUCCAGCACCUGCUCCUAGGAAGAUUGUGCCUAAGAAUGUUGAGCAAGUGAGACAACCUCUUGCACCAGCACCAGCUGAUAGCCCUGUUUUAAGCUUAGACUUUGUUGAUAAUGUGAAUAACCAAGAGGGAGAAGCUGAUGGACACUCCAUCUACAUCAAAGGUCUACCUAUGAGUGCCACCGCCGCCAUGCUUGAAGAUGAGUUCAAGAAGUUUGGACCUAUAAAGAAUGGAGGCAUUCAAGUCCGAAGUAACAGACAACAGGGAUUUUGUUUUGGCUUUGUGGAAUUUGAGGUGGAAACUGCUGUGCAAAAAGCAAUUGAGGCUUCUCCAAUUUUAAUUGGUGGACGCCAAGCUGCCGUUGAAGAGAAGAAGUCUACCAGUUCUCGAGGUAACACUAGGGGUAGAUAUCCAUCUGGAAGGGGUAAUGGAUUCAGGAAUGAUGGAGUACGUGGGCGAGGAAACUACAAUGGAAGUGGGAGGGGCUAUAAUCGCGGUGAUUUCAAUGGAAGAAGUGAGUUCAACAACAGAGGUGGCAAUCGCGGAGGGUCAUCCAACCGUGGAGGUGGUGAUGGCUAUCAGCGAAGUGACAACAAUGGGCGAAUGAAUCGUGGUGGUGGUGGUGGUGGUAUGGCAAAUGGAACUGCCAAAAAUAUGACACCACGGAUUUCAGCUACAGCUUGAGGAGGAGAAGUAGUUUUGGGCAAAUAAGUGAAAGCUAAUUUAGUUAUUCUUUUUUAAUUUGAAAUGGUUGGAUGUGGCAGGUAGGAAGUUGUCACUCUUGCGGCAUGUUGUGCCUUUCCCUAAUUUUUGCCGUUAAUUGGUAUAGAGGUUGGAGUAGCUUCUGUUUUUGUAGCAUAUUGUUAUCUUGUUCCCUAGGAAGAGAUUGAUUAUCCACUCAUUUUGUAAGCCACGUUGUAUUUGUUGAAUUAUUUUUGG